AUGGGGACGCGCCACCUCAUCACCGGCCAGAACAACUGCGCCCCGGACGGGGCGUCCUCCUCCAACCCAUUCGGCGCCCUCGCCAACACCCUCCUCGGCCAGUCCAACAAAGCGGAGUCACUAAGGGGACUUCCUGGAGCCUCAGUUAAUGUUCCAACUACGUCUGAUUAUAGCGGAGCUCCACUGUCUACUCUCCCUGGCUCUGAGAAUGAGUUCAAGCAAGAUCAACGACCAUUUGCAUGGGUAAUGGGUGCCGACUUCAGUCGUGGGGGUCCUGCUAAUGAUUGGGUUGAAUCUUUUCGCCCUCCGGGGCAUUCUGCAUUUGGAGGGCCAGAAGCAAACUUUGCAGAGUUUGAGCAAAUUUAUAACAAUGCAGGCCCUACCUUGGGACCGGCCUUGGAUGGUCCACCACAAAGGGUCUUAUCUGGUGUUCUGCAUUCUUUUAUUCUAAGUGGCCGAGCUGGUGUGCCAUUUCAAGCUGUCCCAGUACCAGCUCUUGGUUUGUCCGAAUCCGACAAGCAAUGUAUACGUGAUCGCAGCUUCAUAAUGGCACACCAUAUUUUGGCCGAUCAACCUGAAGAAUAUAUACAAGCACAGGUAAAUACAUUGCUGCAUUCUCUUGAUAUUGACAAUAGUGAUCGAAUGAAAAAUCCCCUGCAUGGGCCGUACCCAGAGAUGGAGGAGUACUGGAAUCAAUCCCAAAGUGCUUUGAGAUCUGGCCCAAUGCACAAUGCUGCAAAUAAUUGGAUUACUGAGUUUGGCAAGCAAAAUAAUAACCCUGAGGGUUGGAUCACUGAGUUUGGCAAGCAAAAUAAUAACCCUGAGGGUUGGGCGCACUCUUUUGUGCAGCAAUAUGGUCCCAAUGGAUGGGCCUCUGAGUUUGAACAGGAAACACAAUCCAAUAAGAAAGUUUGUUUGAGAAAAGGAUAUGUGGGUUUGCAUCAGUCUCAGAUGGCCAUGGGUCAGAUGGGAGGAGCGAACAUGGUGAAUCUCGCAGCUAUGCAGCAAUCCCGUAUGCUUGCGGAAACAUUAUCAAGUAACAAUGACCCAAAAUUCCAGAUGAGCCGUGGUGAACUUAUUAUAGAAGAUAACCAAGUAAAACAAGGUUCAGCAUCUCAAUCCAGUGACUGGGCUGAUGAAUUUCAAACACAGGAUAAUGCUAAUGCAAAUUCUUGGGCAGAUCAGUUUGUGCAUGAAGAGCUUUCACAAGGGUCCGAUAGUUGGGUUAGUGAGUUCUCUAGUGAACAGAAUCAGGGUGAGCUCAAAGAGAAGUGGGUCGAUGAGUUCUCCAAAUUGAAUGUGGAUGAUUGGGCAGAGGAGUUCAGUGGAGGAGCUUUUGGUGAGAGCUCUGCUGAUCCAUGGGCAGAUGAGUUUCAGAACCAACUGUCAGCUUCCAAAAGUUCUGGCUCUUCUCGAGGGGUUUAUGUUUCUUCUGAGAUGAACCCAUAUGUUGGUCACCCUAAUCCAAUGCAGGAAGAGCAGGAACUCUUUCGGAAGGGCCUCUUAAGUGAAGCUGCUCUUCCUCUGGAGGCUGAAGUUUUAAAGAACCCUGAUAAUGCUGAAGGUUCGAGGUUGCUUGGAGUAACACAUGCCGAAAAUGAUGAUGACCAGCAGUGGGAGCAGAAACAAAUACAGAUACCCGAAGGAGGUAUGGAGCGAAUACGGUAUGGACGUGUACACUAUCGCUGGAGGAAAAAGAACCCUUAA